UUUAUUAUCAAAAAACCAAAAACAGAAAAUAAUAUGAGCAACUUUUAUUAAAAAUUUCCAAAUCCUUAAAGUGCUUAAAGGGCAAAUUAUAAUGAAUGUAAUUUCUCUUAAAAUAAUCCUUCUUAUAAAGGUGAAGAAACUACCACAAGCUAUAAUACCUAAUCAAGUACUUAGUACAAUUCUUAAAAAACAUAUAACAGUUAGAAUAAAAAUGUCAAUAAUGCCUAUCAGAAUAUUUAUAGAAAUAAUCAAUAGUCUUCAUAAGCAGAAUAAAAAAACCAGAAUCAAUAAAAUAACUAUUAUAAUUAUUUUGCAAGAUAAAAAACACCUAAAAGAUGUUAUACCUAACAAAGCGCUUCAAUGAAUGAAAAGACUAAUCAGUAUUCUUCAUAAGCAAAAUAAACAAACGAGAAUCAAUAAAAUAAUUAUUCUGCAAGAGAAAAAACACCUAAAAGAUGUAAUACCUAUCAAAAUGCUUCUAUGAAUGAAAAGACACAAAAGUUUUAACCAAAAUAUUAAAAAAAUAUUAAUGGGUUUAAUAUCAAUUAAUAAAAAUAAAAUUAGUAAUAAUUCACUUACCUGUCAAUUUAAUAUCAGCCUUAGACUAAAGUUAAAGAUUGGUUAAACUUAGAUAUAUCGAAUGAUUUAAAUGCAUAUCAAUAGAAUUAUAAUCAUAUUGGUCUUACAUUAAAAGAAAAUAUCUAAUAUGACUAUGCUAAAGGAUGCUAGUUUUGUCAGUUAAAAGAUAAAGGUAAUGAAAUUUUUAAGCAAAUAAUAUCUUAAUGUGAAAAAGAAAAAGUUCCAAUCAACUAAAUUAAAGUAUAAUUACAAUAAGCGAUGACUUAUUAUGAAGCAGCAGAGGGAUUAUCCUAGCUAAACUAAGAGAAAGCAUCUAUCUUCAAAAAUAUUGCAACAAUCAACUUUAAACUUUUGCUUUACCACUGCUAACCCUUUAAUUAGGUGGAUUUUUUUAAGAAAGGUAUUUCUAGUAUGAAAUAAGCUUUUGAAUUCGCUCAAAGAGACAAAAAAAAAAAUAAUGACUGGUACGCCUAGCUUCUCUUUCUAAAAAAUUAAACUUUAAAAGAAAUAUUAAACACUAUUUUAAAUUAGCAAUCUAACAUCAAAAUCGAAUAGAGUAAAAUAAUUUCGGACUUGAAGACAUUUGCUAAAGAGAUUAGUCUAGAAAUCGAUCAAGAUAGUCAUCUAAUAACCUAGAAGUAAAUUUUUUCUAUCUAGGAAGAAUUUAUUUAAGAUUGCAAGCAAUCUGAAGAUUUUAUUUAAGCUCAAAACUUGUAGGAGAAUUUAAACCUUGAUCUUAAGCGAUUGUAUGAAGCUUCAUAAAAGUCAAGCAAUGAAAAGAUCAAAUUCUAUUUCAAUUAAAGAUACUUAAAAUUGGAUGAGAGUCUUUUAGAAUAUUAAGCUUUCAAAUAUCUUUAAUUAGGCAACUAAAUUUAUAAGAACGAAUAAGAUAAAAAGAUAAUAUAAGUAUCUUACAAAUUAAUUGACUCUGAGAGCAUUUGGGAUGCAGUUGAUGCCUACAAAGCAGCAAUUAAAUUAUUCGAAGGGAAGUUCUUGCAUAUAGAAGCAGAAAGUUAUUUUAUGCUUGGAUAAAUAUACCAAGAGAUGUUUGGCAAUGAUAAUCAGAAAGUUCAUGAAUACAUAAGAAAUUCUAUUUCUCUAGAUUUCAACUCAACUAAGAUCAACAGAAAGUAAUGGUAUAGUAGCGCUAUUCAUAUCAUGAAAAUCCUUUAAGAUAAAUCUGUAGAAAAAGAUUCUUAAAUGUUCGAAAUCUGGAAAUCUAAAAAUAAAAAUAUCAUAGAUUAAAUUGAUUUAAAUUAAUCUAAAGGAAUUGUUGAAUUUACCAAGUGGAUUACUAAAAUGUAUAUGCCGUCUUUUUGUUAAAAUUUUUAACUUGAGAAUUUCGAAAACAAUAAAAAGCUGCUGCACAAAGUGAUGUUACUGUAUCAUGGAGACAAAAUAACAGGAGAAUCUUAGCAUUUCAAGUUUAUAGCGAAGUAAAUUAUGAUUCACCUAACAACAUUCUAUGAAUAAGUUAAGGGAUGA